AUGGCUUGUAUUGAAAACGUCCUUGGAGGGCACGCCCCUUCACCCUUGGUAGUAUCUGUGGACAAAAAUGGGAACCAGGAGCUGCACCACGACAUGCCCCUGCAAUGUCUGAGUUCCAAGCCAGAGGAUGACGCAGAGCCCUGGGGUCAACCUCAAGUACCGCUGAGACCUUCCGUCAAUGUGCUGACUGAUCUGGAUAGCAAGCAACUGGAGUGGCCCUCUGAAAGAACAGGAUCCUGCAUUCCUUUUCAUAGCUUGAGAGCUCAUAGACACCCCUACGGGCCACCACCUGCUGUUGCAGAAGAGUCCCUAGCAACAGCAGAAGUAAAUAGCUCUGAUGCACUGGCAGGCUGGAGGCAGGAGGGACAGGAUGCUAUUAAUGUGCCCUGGGAAGUCUCUGGCGGCCCUCCUGCACUGAUAGUAGGGGGCACAAAGGUCAACAAUGGGGGCACUGAGAGAGGCAGUAAUAAUGCAAGGUUGCGUGUAGCUUUGCCACGAGGUAAAGGGUUCUUUCCACCCAGGGGCCCACAAGUGAGAGGCCCUUCACAUAUUCCCACCCUUAGAUCAGGGAUAGUAAUGGAGGUGCCUCCCGGAAAUACACAAAUAUCCUGCAGAGGAAAGCUGGCUCAUGUUUCUUUCCCACUCAGGGGCCCAUGCCACCCCAUGCAUAAUUGGCCAAGGCCUAUCCCGUUGUCUUCCAGUACUCCAGGUUUACCUUCUUGCUCUACUGUUCAUUGUUUCAUCCCUCCUCGACCUCCGAUUUUCAAUCCCUUUCUCACUAUGCCUCUUCCUUUUGCUCCUCCUCCGAUAUUUGGUCCUCCACUGCCUUCUUAUUUUGCCCAUUUCCAUUCUGGGGGAAUGCCAGCUCCUGCAUCACCCAACAGAGAGCACAGCUGA